GCCAGUUCCAGGCCCUUUCCUCUGAGAGGGGCAACAGGAAGUGAGGAGAAAGGGCUAGGAAGGGAGGCAGGAGCGAGUGGGAGGGAAAUGGGAUUUAUCAAAUCCCUGGCGGAAUACCCAGCGGGCAGCAAAUGAAGAGAGUAGCCAGACUGGAGAGGUUCACCCCAGGAAGGCGGGAGGCCGCUGACCUACUGGGCCAACGGACUCCCACGCAGUUCCUGAGCUGGUGCUGCAUUUCCUGCAGUUCCCAGCAUGCAGGCAGGCCUACGCCCCACCAUCACAAUGGCCCUGGUGCUGGCAGUGGCAUGGGCCAUGGAGCUGAAGCCCACAGUGCCACCAAUCUUCACAGGCCGGCCCUUUGUGGUAGCCUGGGAUGUACCCACACAGGACUGUGGCCCACGCCACAAGGUGCUACUGGACCUGAAGGCUUUCGAUGUGGAGGCCUCACCCAAUGAGGGUUUUGUGAACCAGAGUAUCACAAUUUUCUAUUAUGACCGGCUAGGCCUUUACCCGCACUUCAAUGCAGCUGGGACAUCUAUACAUGGUGGUGUGCCACAGAAUGGCAGCCUCCAAGAACACCUGGGGAUGCUGAAGAAACCCGUGGAGCACUACAUUCGCACUCGGGAGCCUGCAGGGCUGGCUGUGAUCGACUGGGAGCACUGGCGGCCUGUGUGGGUGCGCAACUGGCAGGACAAAGAUGUGUAUCGCCAGUGGUCUCGUCAGCUGGUCGCCAGUCGCCAUCCUGACUGGCCAAAAGACCGCAUAGUCAAACAGGCGCAAUAUGAAUUUGAGUUCGCUGCCCGGCAGUUCAUGCUGAAGACGUUACACUAUGUCAAGUCAGUCAGACCUCAACACCUCUGGGGCUUCUACCUCUUUCCUGACUGCUACAAUCAUGAUUAUGUACAGAACUGGGAGAGCUACACAGGCCGCUGUCCUGAUGUCGAGGUGGCUCGCAAUGAUCAGCUGGCCUGGCUGUGGGCUGAAAGCACAGCCCUCUUUCCCUCUGUUUACCUAGAUGAGACACUGGCUUCCUCUGUUCACGGCCGAAACUUUGUCAGCUUCCGUGUUCAGGAGGCCCUUCGUGUGGCUCAAAGCCAUCAUGGCAAUCAUGCACUCCCAGUCUAUGUCUUCACACGACCCACCUAUACCCAUACCAGCAGGCUCACCGGGCUUAGUGAGAUGGACCUUGUUUCUACCAUCGGCGAGAGUGCAGCCCUGGGUGCAGCUGGUGUCAUCCUCUGGGGCGACACCUCAAGUAUGGAGACCUGCCAGUACCUCCAGAAUUAUCUGACCGAUCUGCUGGUCCCAUACGUCAUCAAUGUGUCCUGGGCCACCCAGUAUUGCAGCAGGGCCCAGUGCCAUGGUCAUGGGCGAUGUGUGCGCCGCAACCCCACCUCCAAUACCUUCUUGCACCUCAACACCAGCAGCUUCCGCCUAGUGCCCGGUAGGGCACCUGAUGAACCCCAGCUGCGACCUGAGGGGGAGCUCAGCUGGGCUGACCUGAACUACCUGAGGACACACUUUCGCUGCCAGUGCUACUUGGGCUGGGGUGGCGAGCAAUGCCAGGACCAUGGGCGUGCAGCUGGAGGUGCCAGUGGGGGCUGGGCUGGGUCCCACCUCAGCAGCCUGCUGGCUCUGGGAGCCAUAGCUUUUACCUGGACCUUGUAAUGGUCUCUCACCUGACUACCAAGCCAGCUAGCUUCUACUGCAAGGGCUCUCCUGGACAUGGAGGAGCCUGUAGGGUGUAAGUGGAAUCUAGAGGGGGCAGAGCCCCCAGGAUGCCUCGCAGGACAUCCAUACCAGCUGUCACACCCCUGUUCUAAGGGGGAGGGGAAAUCCCCUGGGAGGCCCUUUCCUGCCAAAGGGAAGAUGCAGCUGGGCUGGGGAGGGUCUGACCCUGCUCCCUUGCCCCUGGAUAGUUUGUUAUUAUCAUUAUUAUUAUUAUUAUUAUUAUUAUUAUUUUGGGGUCACUUUGGUAAAUUAAAU